AUGGUUUUCAACAGCUCCUCUCCGUUGUUUCGGCAUCGCCAGCUCGCACCUGCUGCCUCAGUCCGCGCCUCCCCAUUAUGUCUGGGCACAAUGACAUUUGGCAGCGUUCAACAGUCCCGCUACGGAGAAUGCUCACGAGAAGACUCUUUGGAAAUGCUGGAUUACUUCGUCUCGCAAGGCGGAAACUUCAUCGACACAGCAAGCGGAUACCAGCACGGCCAGUCCGAGAUACUGCUCGGCGAGUGGAUGACCGCCCGCCAGAAUCGCGACCAGCUUGUCCUUGCGACAAAGUACACGACACCUUACAUGACGCACCAUGAAGACAAGAUCCAGUCCAACUACGGCGGAAAUGGCGCCAAGUCUAUGAGAGUCAGCCUAGAACAAUCUCUGCAGAAGCUGCAGACAAGCUACAUUGACCUGUUCUACGUUCAUUGGUGGGACUAUUCAACAUCCAUUCCAGAGUUGAUGCAUGGCCUUGAUGACCUGGUCAAAUCAGGAAAGGUCAUCUACCUUGGUAUCUCCGAUACCCCCGCGUGGAUUGUCGCCAAGGCAAAUCAGUAUGCCCGUGAUCACGGGCUGCGCCAGUUUUCUGUGUACCAGGGCAUGUGGAACGCAGCACUACGCGAUUUCGAGCGCGACAUCAUUCCCAUGUGUCGAGACGAAGGAAUGGCUCUGUGCCCGUAUGGCGUUCUGAACCAGGGACGUUUCCAGACGAAAGCCGGGUUCAAGGAGCGCGAAAGGCACAACCCGGGCCGCAAUUUCGUCCCUCUUUCUGAGCACGACAAACAAGUUUCACGCGUGCUGGAAGGCAUUGCGAAUAAUAAAGGAGUUGGGCUUCUGGAUAUUGCUCUGGCAUAUGUGAUGCAGAAGGUGCCAUAUGUCUUUCCCAUCGUUGGUGGGAGAAAGGUUGAGCAUCUCAAAGGCAGUAUUGAGGCGCUGAGAGUGACCUUGACUGCAGAUGAGGUUGCCCAAGUUGAGCAGGCAUACCCCUUUGAUUAUGGGUUCCCCAAUACAUUCCUUAGUGGCUCGUUAUUUGAGACCGGGCCUUCAUCGAUGGCGAAUGGCCCUGGAGAUGUGUGGUUGACGAAGCAAUUAGGCACUUUCGACUGGGUAUCCGCACCUGGUCCGAUUAAAUCAUUCAACGAGCAAAGUUGA